AUGAAAAAAAUGAAAGAAAUGAUGGAGUCAUAUCAGGGCAGGCAGCUAAAUCGUGAUGAUGGGUUAUGGAAUUCCACUAAACAAAAUAAUCAAAUAAAGGAAAGAGGAAAUACAAAUAGUAAUAAUAAUAAAAGUUACAAUGAAGAAUACAAUACACAUUUUAAAGACCUGCAAAAUAAUGAUAAUAUAAAAAAAAAGGAAAUAAAUUCCCCAAUUCUUAAAAAUUAUAAUAAUAUACAGCCAUACAGCAAUAUAAAUGAUCAAAAAAAAAUUGUUUUUUUUAAUAAUUUUACAAAUAAAGCUAGUAACACUAAUAAUAUUAAUAAAGAUUAUUAUAUUGAAGAUAAUAUAAAUAGAAAUUGUGAAAAUUUGGCUAAUAAUACUACUUAUCAAUAUGAUGGGGAAUACCUAUCAUCUUCCUUAUAUAAUAAUAAAAACAAUUACAAGUUUAAUAAUUUAAACUUGAAUAGCCAUCACAUUAAUAAAAAUAAUAUAUACAUACAUAAUAAUAUAAUACAUGAAAAAUGUCAAAAUGUGAAUAAUAUGCAACCGAUAUGUAACAUAACUAGCAAUAAUAAUAUAAAAUAUAGAAAUACAAAUAAUUGCAUAAAUAAUUUUAAUAAAAAUGGAAAAAAAAGAAAAUUAAUAAUGCCCGAUAGAGUGAUGAACAACUUUGAAAAGAAACAUAAAUUGGAAGGAAAUCCCAAAGAUGAAAAUAAAGACGCACAAAAUAGUUCUGGAAAUUUAGUUCCAAAUUUGGAAAAUAAAUUAAAUAUAAAUAGUUCGAAAAAAUAUGAAGAAAAUGAAAACACAAAAAGUGAUAUACAACAAAAUGAAUUAUACAAAAAUGAUGAAUUUUCCCAGAAUAAUCAUGCAUAUAAUAUCACAAAAACAAUGGACUACAUAUAUAAGCAUAAUAACAAAACUAGCAUGAAACACCUUCAAACAAAUGGAAAUUAUAUUAAUGAUAAUUCUUAUAAAGUAAAAGAAAAUGAUAUACUUAAAGAUGCCAUAGAAUAUUUUUCUAACAUUAAUAAAUACAAAAAUGAAGAAUUAAAUUCUGAUGAUGAUAAUAUAGUAAAAUUUGAUGAAGAUAAUAAAAAUAUAUGUUAUGUAUGUAAAAAAAAUAUGUACAUAUACAAAUGUCCAUUUUGUGAAGCCAGAACAUGUUGUUUAGAAUGUUCUAAAAAUCAUAAAAAAUUAUUUAAUUGUAAAAAUAAAUUAAAAAAAGAUUUUAAAAUAAAAAAUGUUGGAAGAAAUAAUUUUAAUGAUGAAUUUUUGUAUAAAGAUUUUUUAUUUUUACAAAAUAUUGAAAAAAUUGUAGAAGGAAAUUAUAAAUUUAUAAAAGUAAAUGAUUAUGAAUACAAAUCAAAUAUUUGGGGAUAUAAUAGAGAUAAAAAAACAUUUCAUAUUUUUAAGCAAAAAAAAAUACAUUUAUUAAAAGCUCCUAUAUAUACAACUUUGCAUAAAACAAAUAAAACAUCUAUUCGUAAUAGUAUUAUUUAUUGGACUGUUAAAGUCACAUUUUCAAAUCUAAAUUUUUUCGUAACACAAGAUAAUGUAAGUGAAAAUUCGACAUUUCUUCAGCUUUUACAUGCAUUGUGUACAAAAACAGAAACCCUUCAAUCAAAAUUGACCGAGUUCUUUAAAAACCUGAGCUCUCUCCGUAUUUAUUUAAAAAACGGGACAAAGGUAAAGGAGCUCAAUAAAAAUAAAGAUAUGAUUGAUAAUAAAAAUAAAGAUAUGAUUGAUAAUAAAAAUAAAGAUAUGAUUGAUAAUAAAAAUAAAGAUAUGAUUGAUAAUAAAAAUAAAGAUAUGAUUGAUAAUAAAAAUAAAGAUAUGAUUGAUAAUAAAAAUAAAGAUAUGAUUGAUAAUAAAAAUAAAGAUAUGAUUGAUAAAAUAACCAAAGAACAAAAUGACCACAUAGCUGAGAAAGCUUUUGAUAGCCUCAAAUAUUCACAAAGAAAUGAAUGUAACUUUUUUUCAGUGAAGCAUACAAUCAACUAUGCAUUGAUAAACCAAUCAUUUUAUGAAUAUCCACAUUUUUUUUUUGAAAUUUUGUAUGAAAAUAAUAUACCAAUUCCAAACCCUUUAUAUAAAGAUAGUUCCAUUUCAAAAUAA